AUUCUAUAUCCAUGCAAGAAAGCAUGGGGUUUGCUACUAAACUAUGUUUAAACUACAAAGUACAAAGAGAUAACAAUGGCACACAAAUAGACAUUAUGCAACAUAUUAAACCACAAAGACAAACACUGAAAUAGACAUUUAUGAUUAUAAUAAUUAAAAAUGAGAAAUGAUGUCAACAUCAAAGAUGAAUCAUAACGACAUUAUAUUGACAUUAUACAGUUAUAUGAGGCAAUUCCUAAACCCAACAAGAACAGAACAGUUCCAUAAUCCUCUCUUUUGUCCUCUUCCAUGGAUUCUUCUUCUCAAUGGUCUGAUCUUCCUUUAGAUAUGCUUGAGUUAAUCUCCGAUCGUCUUGACGACGACGACUCAUCAGACACCAUUGAUCUCCUCUGUCUCCGCUCUGUAUGUGCCACUUGGCGUCUCUCUCUUCCUCUCUCCAACAACAACAACAAAAAUCCUUUGUCUAAAUUCCCAAAGUAUCUUCCUUUUUGGUCAUCAUCUUCUUCAUCCUCUGGUUUCUUCAUUCUGAAACAGAGCAGUGUCUAUGAACUCGAAGCUCCUUUGAAUCCGAGAAGCUGGUUGGUUAAGAUUCAAGAGACAUCUCCAGGGAAUAUGCGAGUCUUGGAUCUCUUCUCAAACGACAGAAUCUGUUUCUUACCAGAGAAUUUCCCGGAAAAGAUCGACUUGCAGGAGUUUCAUGUGAGAUUGGUUCGUAGAACUUAUCGUAUGGACUACGCAAACAAUGGUGGUGAGAUUUCUUGUUUCUGGUCUUUAAAUUCCGACAAAGUUGUGAUUUUGUCUUCAGGGGAAGACUCAGCGAUAGUGGCUAUUCACAGUGGUGGGAAAUUAGGGCUUUUGAAGAGUGGAAACGAAAAAAGAUGGAGAAUUUUGGAUAAUUCAUGGAAUGUGAUUUACGAAGACAUAAUGUUGUACAGAGAGAAUUGUUGCAUCGUUGUAGACGAUAAGGGUAAAACCGUAAUUUACGAUGUGGAUUUCAAGGUUUCGGAUUUGGCUGAAGGUUUGGUCGGAGGAGGCGGUCACAAGAAGCAUCUUGUGGAAUAUCCCGGCGGAGAAGUGUUGCUUGUUGACAAAUACGUGAAACACGUUUGGUGCAAAUCGGAGGUUUCGAAAUCUGCGGUUGAGUUUAGAGUUUAUAAGCUGAAGAGAGAAGAGAAGAGAUGGGAAGAAGUGAGAGAAUUAGGAGAUGUGGCUCUCUUUAUUGGAGAUGACUGUUCUUUCUCCGUUCAGAUUCCGGCCGGAGAUUCGGCCGGAGGUUUUAUAUUCUAUAGAGAUUAUAGGAAUGGAGGAAGAAGCAGAGGUGUUUGCAGUGACGGUGAUGGUGUCUUCAAUGUGGAAUUUGAGAUGCAGAGUGAUUUUGUAUUUCCUAUAAAGCCCAAAUGUUUUGGCCCAUAACAUGAUUUGGGCCUCUAAUUCUAUGGUCCAAUUUUAUUAAUUAUGAAUUCAAAUGGC